AUGGGACCGGACAAGAAGACGAAAAACACGGAGUCGCCUCCAGCGCAGUUAGUCGCCUCGAUUGGUGCUUUCUUAACCGAGUUUGGUUUUACAAAGACCAAUGCGGCGUUUACAAAAGAACAAGCCGGUAAAUCCACAACCAAAUCGCAGACCGAUGUGAAGAAAGUGCCGUCGUUACUCGAGAUUUUUCAGAACUGGGAAAGCCAGGCAGACAAGACAAGCCCAGCCAAAUUAUGCUCUAGCUCUAGCUCUAGCUCUUCAGACACUAGCAGCAGCGAGGACAGCGAUAGCUGCUCCAGCGAUUCCGACGUGGAAAUGAACGAUGCGCCCAAGACGAAACCAAAGAAAGAAACGAGGAGUUCCUCACCUUCCUCGUCCUCUUCGUCUUCAUCUUCUUCGGGUUCCGACAGUGAUGCCGAUGAUGAAGAUGACGACGAAGUAGCCCCUACACCUUCCACUGCUUCCAAGCAGCAGGGUACCAAACGGAAGGCUGAAUCUACUCCAUCAUCUUCUGAUUCCUCAUCCGAAUCCGACUCAGACGAAGCUCCUAAGAGCAAGAAGGCCAAGAUAUCACCCAGCGCAAAACCUUCAUCGGAACCUUCCUCUUCUGAGUCCUCAUCCGACUCCUCUUCCAGCAGUGAGAGCGACGCAUCGCCCGACUCGUCUUCCUCUGACUCUUCAUCUGAUUCCUCAUCAGACGCGUCAGAUUCUUCAUCCGAAUCCGGGGACGAUAGCAAGAAAGUGCUGAAGAAGGCGGCCAAGACGCCCCUGCCUCCUUCGGACUCGAGUUCGAGUGGUUCUAGCAACGAUUCUUCGUCUGAUUCUUCUUCAUCAGAUGAGGAUUCGGACAAGGAAGAUGAAAAGGAAAACAAAGGCUCGUCUUCCUCCAGCGACUCCAGCGGAACUCUCCAAGAGUCUGACUCACUCGCUCCCAAGUCCAAGAAGCCGACUCAACAGACUAGCUCGUCAAGUGCUAGUCCGGCUCCAGGAAACAACCCAUCUCAGAAGAAGCACACAGGUGCGCGUCCGACCCCGCUGGCGUUGCUUAGUGAACAGUCACACAACCAUCCCUCCAACACCUAUGUUCCCUAUGCAUACGCUGAGAAGGCAUAUCAGGACUUGAUUGUCACUCGUGGUAAGGGAUUUACGAAAGAAAAGAACAAGAAGAAGCGUGGUUCGUACCGUGGAGGGCCGAUCGACAUUUCUGGUGGGAAAUCAUUCAAGUUUGACGACUAA